GGGAAGCGGCAGUCACGUGACAAACUCCGGGUUUACGGCAGGUGUCCACGUGAUCCUGGCCUGCAGUAGGGUGGCUGCGGUGAGGUACCUGUGCUCGUGAAGGGUGGGCGGUUAGGUCGUAGCCGCCGCAGCCUCCGGCGGACUCUCCCGAACGGCCAGGCUCGGGAAAAACGAGCCGACUGAGGCAUUCAUCGCUUAGUGCCUACGGCACGGGUCUGUUCUUUAUGCCACCUCCGCCUUCCUCCUCCCCACCUCUUUGCGGGUGAAGUCCCCUUUGGGUUUCGAGACCUUGGGGCCUGAGGCCCAAACUCGAAACGAACCCCCCACCCAUCCCUCUUUCCUUCUCAUCCUCCAGCUCUUCCUUUGCAUCACCGAAUCACUUAGUCGUUGAGCAGGCCAGCUCGGCGGUGCCUUGAGGCCAAGUUCGAGGCGGUAAAGGUAACGGUGGGGAAAGCAGCCCCCCAGUGGACAAAGGUGGAGGCAAGACUAGAGCAGGCCUAAGGGCCGCAGGCAACGAGAAUAGGCGGCUGAGGGGGUGAACAGGAAAAAAAAAAAAAAAGAGUACUGCGGAUUUAGAAGGGACUGGAAAGGACUUGUUGCACGAUGGAAGAAUCUGACUCUGAGAAAAAGAUGGAGAAAGAGAAUCUGGGGACGAGAAUGGAUCCUCCCAUAGGGGAACCGGAAGGAUCGCUUGGGUGGGUGCUACCAAAUACAGCCAUGAAGAAAAAGGUGCUGUUGAUGGGUAAAAGUGGGUCUGGUAAGACCAGCAUGAGGUCUAUUAUCUUUGCAAAUUAUAUUGCAAGAGACACACGUCGCCUUGGUGCAACAAUACUAGACCGUUUACAUAGUCUUCAAAUUAAUAGCAGUUUGAGCACCUACUCUCUCGUAGACUCUGUUGGAAAUACAAAGACAUUUGAUGUAGAACAUUCUCAUGUUCGAUUUCUGGGAAACCUGGUAUUGAACCUGUGGGACUGUGGUGGACAGGACACCUUCAUGGAAAAUUAUUUCACCAGCCAACGAGACAACAUCUUCCGUAAUGUGGAGGUUCUGAUUUAUGUCUUUGAUGUGGAAAGCCGCGAACUGGAAAAGGACAUGCACUAUUACCAGUCGUGCCUGGAGGCCAUUCUGCAGAAUUCUCCAGAUGCCAAAAUCUUUUGCUUGGUGCAUAAAAUGGAUCUGGUACAGGAGGAUCAACGAGACCUGAUUUUUAAAGAGCGAGAAGAAGAUCUGAGGCGUUUGUCUCGCCCAUUGGAAUGUUCUUGCUUCCGAACAUCUAUCUGGGAUGAAACUCUCUAUAAGGCUUGGUCCAGCAUUGUUUAUCAGCUGAUUCCCAAUGUUCAGCAGCUGGAAAUGAACCUAAGGAAUUUUGCUGAAAUUAUUGAGGCUGAUGAAGUGCUUCUAUUUGAGAGAGCCACUUUUCUGCUUUUAACAUGGAAGAGAUGUAAUGGUCAACUCAGUGACGUAGCUAAGAGUUCAGAUGGGGAGGUGAAAGGGCAAAGAGCCCAUAGGCAGGGAUCACUUCCUUGGAAGUUCACUACCCUGAGCCCUGUCUUUCCUGCUAGUGGUAAUAGCAACAAGCAGGUGAGCUCUUCUGUCUAUCUUGAGACACGUGGCAUGGUAGAAUCCUGCUUCAGCAGUAUUCUCCUGCCACAUCUACCACACAUGAUCAUAGAGGUUAACCUAAUAUAAACUCUGUUUUUCACUGGCAGUAACAAGUAGCUUUUGCUUUCUCUUGAGGACUAAGUUUAGGUGUGAUUGACCAUUUUCACUAUAGCUCUUGAAGUCAAGCAACAGGAACCUAUUCCACCGUUGGUCUAGGAAUUAUGUUUUGAAAAUUUCACAUGGUUUCAGGGAAUUGUCCUGUGAAUUUUCUUCUGGCAAAUGAGUCAGUUUUGCUUCCUACUAGAAAGUUUAUAUCAGCCUAUGGGAAAUACUUGUGUGGUUUUAUUAAUCUGAAAGUGUUAGGGGAAGUAUUUUCAGCUGGCAUUGGUGUCCAUCAUGAAUAGGUUCAUUUAUAAAUAGUAAAUCCUCAGAGGUUAGAAUCGUUCAGUUAAGAUUUUUAAAUAUGAUACCAAAAACCACUUGGUUAUAGCCUUCAUUAAAAUUAAAUACAUUAAGUACACCUCAACAACAGCUAAGAGGGACUUCCCUGGUGGUUCAGUGGUAAAGAAUCCACCUUCCAGUGCAGGGGAUGCAGGUUCAGUCCCUGGUCAGGGAACUAAGAUCCCACAUGCCGCGGGACAACUAAGCCUGUGCACCACAACUACUGAGCUUGCACACCUCAACUAGAGAGCCCGCAUGCUGCAAACUACAGAGCCCACACACCCUGGAGCCCACGUGCCACAAAUAGAAGCCUGAGUGCCGCAACGAAGAGCCUGCACGCCACAGCCAAAAGAUCCCACAUGCCUCAACAAAGAUCCUGUGUGCCUGCAAUUAAGACUCAAUGCAACCAAAAUAAAUAAAUAAAUAAAUAAAAUACUAAAAAAAGAACAGCUAAGAAUUUUUAUUUAUUUUUCCUUUUUGAUUUGUACUUUUUUUGAAUCAAAGACAUCCUAUUGAAAUAAGAUGAAUAUUUAAUGAUUAAAGUAAGUGAGAAAGGACAGCAAUGAACCAAAAUAGAUAAUACAAUACUUAAAUGAUCUAAUAAAAUUAUAACCAAACAAUACUGGAUGGGUCAUCCUUAGGGAUGUUGAAAUUAUGCAGAUGUUGACAGGAUAUGGGACAGAGGAAUAGAGGCAGUAAAGCCAGGUGCCAAGUCUACCCUGAAAAUCAGGGUGACCAAGAGACUGACAAAUGUAUUGCCUUGAGGAGUAGUAGAGGGUGAUAUGACAACACUGCAUGGAUUUAAAGGGCAUUGCUCUUUU